AAGGGCCUUGGUACUUAAAGUUAGCGGAAGAUCUGAACGUGUUCGAAAGAUGGCUGCCAAGCACACACGUGCUGCAACUGCAUCGAUCACGUAGCUUUGACGUAUUUAAACUCGAGUUUGUGAGGUUCGGCCAUGGAGUACCUGUGAGCGUGUAAGCUUGCUGUCUUCCAGGGGGAGAACAAUAGUCUUCUCAUAUACAUUCUAUACCUAAUAGUCACCUCAGUGCCUGAUGGCGGCCAUGACGGCGAACGGACACCGUGCUUAUUGUUCGUCUAAUAAAAAAGCGUUCAGGUCGGAUCAUUACGUCGUAUCCCCGUACCCGUCGCUCAUUUUCAAUAUCAGAGUCGCGGUCAUCCUGAUAAUUGAUUCAUCGGUGCUUCAUCCUAUCGUUCAACAAGGAUCCACAACGCGAUGUCAUCAUCAUCAUCAACUCCGUCGGCAUGUUCCGAGUCACACACAGUGAGCGUCCAGCUCCCCGACCUCCUCUCUUCAUGCACGCCCUUUGAACUACGCGCAAAUCGGCAUUGUAGGUCUGUGUCUCAAGCGAGCGAGGCAUGGUUGCGCGAUGCAGGAUUAAAUUUGGGUGUCGAGUGGAAAGGGAUCAAGGUUGGGUUGUGGGCUGCGCUGUGUUAUCCGGGAGCGGACUUGACUCAGUUGAGGUUGGCGGUAGAUUUUUUGAGUUUGUUGGUGUUUGAGCAAGAGCGGGAACGGGGUCACGAUGGGUUUGGUUGUGGUGAUGGUGAUGAGAAUGAAGUUUUCGACCUGAUAUCCGACCGACUCAGUCGCGCCGCAUACAAAAGCCCGGCAUGGUACAUGCGUUUUCACCGAUCCAUGCGCGCAUAUCGCGAUGCAAGGCAGCGUUUAAAUUCGCUCGAUUCGACGUGCAUCCCAGAUCUCGAGACUUAUGUCGACCUUCGAAGAAACGCAUCAGGUCUGAGGAUGGUGUUUCACUUGAUCGAAUAUGCAGGGGGAUUAAACCUCUCUGAACGAGCAUCCUCGCAUCCUAUAUUGAAUAAGUUGACAGACCAGGCUUGUGAUCUUAUAGCGUGGUCUGAGGAUGCUGUUUCAUGCGCAAAAGGCAUGACUCCAAGUUCACGACUCAAUAUCGUCCCCGUCCUAAUGAAGGACCGGAAUUGUUCAUUCGGGAGUGCGCUUACAUAUGUGGGCACGCUCGUGAAGCAGAGCGCGGAUGCGUUCUUGGCUACUGAGCGUUUGUUCGCUGCGUGUGUGGAUCCAGCUGUGAUGAAUGAUGAUACGAGGCGGUAUGUGAGGGGAUUGCGGGAUUGUAUUGCUGGGAGUGUGAAUUGGCUGUAUGAGACGGAGAGGUAUUUGGGGACGAAGGGGAAUGAGGUUAGGGCGUUUGGAUGGGUGUUUGUGCCUGUCUUGGAUUGAGCGGAGUUGUUUGUGCAUGCAGAUGUAUUUCGAUUUCCACAUACAUAAAUGAAUUCAUGGGGGGAUGCGGCGCUGAGCUGGGCUUUGUGGUCCUAUGGUUUUAACCGGCCGUAGAGUCUGACAUAGUGUUUUGUACCGCGUGAUGCAUGUCAGGGCAAAGCUUAGCACCGUAUGAUACAUUGUACGUUAGAGCACCGGUGACCCUGGACCCUACUAAUAUUUAUCGUC